UCUCGGGGCUCCGGGACUGUAAGGGACCCCUGCAGUCCCCCGAGCUGAGGCUAGCAGGGACAGAGACUAUGAGGCAAGCAGCCCAUCGACCCAGGCCUCCUUAGGACCAGCCCGGCCACCCAGCAAGCGAGUGAGCAGCAGCCGAGAGGAGCGGGAGAUAAAGACCACAAGGAACCAUUGGGGAUCACCCCCAGCAGCUCCUGAGGACCCUAGCCAGGCUGAGGGGUCAUGAUGGAUAGCCAGACUCACAGAUGCUGACAGAAACACACCGAUACCGAUGCACGCAGCUGCACAAAACUGACACACUCAGAUACAACCAGUGACAGCAUCACACACUGCCACAGCCCUGCAAUACAGACACCCCCACACACAGAAACAACUGGCAACUCCGAAACCAACACAGACAGUGACACACAACACCACAUUCUUCAACACACACAAGUGGGGGCACCCAUCCACCAAACACAUACAAGACAGCGUUGACCUGCAGGGACAGACCUGGAGACACACACGCAUACCCUCACCCAGGCACUGCUGGUGGUGGCCUCUGCACAUCCUCCCCACCCCCACGGGGACACCCUCGCCUCCCCAUAUACUCGAGCACACACACAAGCACAUACCAACAUACUCCCAGUUCCAGCUCCGGCAGCCCUGACGCCUUCUGCAGCCUCCUUCGUGGGUGGGGAAGGGCUCAGCCAACCUUGGAUGGAACCUCGGUGAAGCCAAGAGCUCAGAGGGGAAGGGUCUGGCCUGGCAUGACCAUUGAAAGUCCCCUCAUUUGGCUGGGUGAUGUUCCCUGGCCUGGGUUCUGGGGCUCCUUGGCAGUAUCAUGGAGCAACUGACAACCCUCCCUCGGCCUGGGAACCCAGGCACCAUGGAACCCUGGGCACUGCCCGCCUGGCAGAGAUGGACUCCGGGCCAGGGGGGCGAUCCUGGAGACACAGCCCCAGGCACUGCUGACACUCCGAUAGUUCUGCAGGUUGGAGAACUGAGGCCUGAGGAGAGCUCCGAGCCUGAGGGAAUCCAGAGCCCCAGGCCCAUGGGGGGCAUUGACCCUGAAGGAGCAGAGGCUGGUCUGCCCAGCCUGGGGCAGCAAGCAGUGAUCUCUGGUCGUGGUUGCCUGAGGCUGGAGGAUGAAGAGGUGGAGGCUUUGACUAAGGCCAAGCUGAACAUGGGCUUCGGUGAUAGACCCAAUCUGGAGCUGCUGAGGGCCCUGGGGGAGCUGCAGCAGCGCUGUGCCAUCCUUAAGGAGGAAAACCAGAUGCUGAGAAAGAGCAGCUUCCCUGAGACAGAGGAGAAGGUGCGGAGGCUGAAGCGGAAGAACGCAGAACUGGCGGUCAUUGCCAAGCGCCUGGAGGAGAGGGCCCGGAAGCUCCAGGAAACAAACCUGAGGGUGGUAAGUGCUCCGGUGCCUGGACCAGGGGCCAGCUUGGAGUUUUGCCGGAAAGCCCUAGCCCGCCAGCGAGCCCGGGAUCUCAGUGAGACAGCCAGUGCACUGCUGGCCAAGGACAAGCAGAUUGCUGCCUUGCAGCGGGAGUGCAGGGAGCUGCAGGCCAGGCUCACUCUGGUGGGAAAGGAGGGUCCCCAGUGGCUCCACGUGCGGGACUUCGACCGGUUGCUGCGCGAGUCCCAGCGGGAGGUGCUGCGGCUGCAGAGGCAGAUCGCCUUGCGCAACCAGCAGGAGCCGCCCCAGCCACCGCGGCUCCCGGGCUCCACUGCCCGGGCCAGAGCAGGGGCGCCAGCCCCGGGGGCCCCGGGAGAGGCCACACCUCAGGAGGAUGUGGAGAGCCCACCCGUGGUCCUAGGGGAGCCUGAGAAACAGCCAAGGGUGCAGCAGCUGGAGUCUGAGCUCAGCAAGAAGAGAAAGAAAUGUGAAAGCCUGGAGCAGGAAGCCCGGAAAAAGCAGAGGCGAUGUGAGGAGCUGGAACUGCAGCUGAGAGAAGCCCAGAAUGAGAAUGCCCGCCUGGUGGAGGAGAACUCUCGGCUCAGUGGGAGAGCCUCGGAGAGGGAGCAGGUUGAGUGGGAGAAUGUGGAGCUGAGGGGCCAGCUCCUGGGGGUGACACAGGAGAGGGACUCAGCCCUUCAAAAGAGCCAGGGCCUGCAGAGCAAGCUGGAGAGCCUGGAGCAGGUGCUGAAGCACAUGCGGGAGGUGGCCCAGCGGCGGCAGCAGCUGGAGGUGGAGCAUGAGCAGGCUCGGCUCAGCCUGCGGGAGAAGCAGGAGGAGGUUCGCCGGCUGCAGCAGGCCCAGGCAGAAGCCAAGAGGGAACAUGAAGGGGCUGUCCAGCUGCUGGAGUCUACCUUGGAUUCCAUGCAGGCCCGGGUUCGAGAGCUGGAGGAGCAGUGUCGCAGCCAGACGGAGCGCUUCAGCCUUUUGGCACAGGAGCUCCAGGCUUUCCGUCUGCACCCAGGCCCCUUGGAUCUGCUCACUUCUGCCCUGGGCUGCAGUGCCCUGGGGGACCACCCACCACCCCCCUGCUGCUGCUCCACCCCCCAGCCCUGUCGGGGUUCUGGCCCCAAAGACCUUGACCUCCCGCCGGGCUCACCUGGGCGCUGUGUCCAAAAGUCUUCCGAGCCUGCCCCUGCCACCCUUAUCGGGGUCCCUCGAAGGACAGCCAAGAAGGCAGAGUCUCUCUCUAAUUCCUCUCGCUCUGAGUCAAUCCACAACAGCCCCAAGUCAUGCCCUACACCAGAGGUGGACACAGCCAGUGAGGUGGAGGAGCUAGAGGUGGACAGUGUGUCCCAGCUCCCAACAGCCCCAGAGGGCAACCCAGGAGGAGCCAGGAUCCAGGUCUUCCUAGCUCGCUAUAGCUACAACCCCUUCGAGGGUCCCAACGAGAAUCCAGAGGCAGAACUUCCCCUGACAGCUGGAGAGUACAUUUACAUCUAUGGCAACAUGGAUGAAGAUGGCUUUUUUGAAGGGGAGCUCAUGGAUGGCCGAAGGGGUCUGGUCCCUUCCAAUUUUGUAGAGCGUGUGUCUGAUGACGACCUCCUGACCUCCCUCCCUCCGGAGUUGGCUGAUUUGUCCCACAGCUCAGGCCCUGAACUCAGUUUCCUGAGCGGAGGUGGGGGUGGCAGCAGUAGCGGGGGCCAGAGCAGCGGGGGACGUAGCCAGCCCAGACCGGAGGAGGAUCCGGGGGAUGAGCUCAGUCUGAGCCCCUCACCGGAGGGCCUGGGCGAGCCUCCUGCUGUGCCUUAUCCCCGCCAUCUGGUGGUCCUCAAGCAGCUGGCCCACAGUGUGGUGCUGGCCUGGGAGCUGCCUCCUGAACGUGUAGAACUACGUGGCUUCCAUAUCUGCGUGAACGGGGAGCUGCAUCAGGCCCUGGGGCCCGGGGCACCUCCCAAGGCUGUGCUUGAGAACUUGGACUUGCAGGCCGGGCCCCUCCAUCUUUCUGUCCAGGCCCUGACCAGCAGGGGCAGUUCCGACCCUCUGCGCUGUUGCUUGGCUGUGGGUGCUCGGGCUGGGGUGGUACCUAGCCAGCUGCGGGUCCAUCGGUUGACAGCCACGUCUGCUGAGAUCACCUGGGUGCCCAGCAAUAGCAACUUGGCCCAUGCCAUCUACCUCAAUGGGGAAGAGUGCCCGUCUGCCCGCCCCAGCACCUACUGGGCCACCUUCUGCCACCUGCGGCCUGGCACGCUGUAUCAGGCCCGAGUGGAGGCUCAGCUCCCUUCCCGAGGGUCCUGGGAACCAGGCUGGGAGAAGCUGGACCAGCGGGCUGCCACGGUGCAGUUCACCACACUCCCAGCAGGCCCACCUGAUGCCCCCCUGGAUGUACAGAUUGAGCCAGGCCCCUCCCCUGGAAUCUUGAUCAUUAGUUGGCUCCCAGUCACCAUCGAUGCUGCUGGCACCUCCAAUGGCGUCCGGGUCACAGGCUAUGCCAUCUAUGCUGAUGGGCAGAAGAUCAUGGAGGUGGCGUCACCCACAGCAGGCAGCGUGCUGGUGGAGUUGUCCCAGCUGCAGCUGCUUCAGGUGUGCCACAAGGUGGUUGUGCGGACCAUGUCGCCCCACGGCGAGUCGGCUGACUCCAUUCCAGCCCCUAUUGCUCCAGCUCUGACUCCAGCCUGCUUGCCAGCCAGGGUCUCCUGCCCCUCACCACGACCAAGCCCAGAGGCCAGAACACCCCUUGCUCCAGCCUCCCCAGGACCUGGGGACCCCAGCUCUCCCCUCUGGUGUCCUGCCCCCCAUGGAACUCAAGAUCCCCCAGGAGGCCCCCCUGCAAGCCCUUCCAGAGAGAUGCCAAAAGGACCCCAGGAGGAACCUCCAGCACCUUGCUCCCAGGAGGAGGCUGGGGCAGCUGUCCUAGGUGCCUCAGAGGAGAAGAGGACCAGCGAGCCAUCCCUGGGUGAAGGAGGCCCUGAUCCUGCAGUUCCCUUCCUGGCCAAGCAGGAGGCCACGUGGACAGCGGGAGAGGCCAGCCCCACAGCUGGCCCCACUCAGGCAACACCAGCCCAGAGGAUGCCAAGUACUGAGACCUGCUGCGGAGGAGAAGCCGGACCUGGGCUGAGACCCAGGGCUGAGAGAGAGGACAUGGCAGAGCUUGGGGUUCGUCUGGUGAACUCCCUUGUGGAUCAUGGCCGCAACUCAGACCUUUCAGACAUCCAGGAGGAGGAGGAAGAGGAGGAGGAGGAUGAGGAGCUGGGUUCCAGGACCUGCUCCUUCCAGAAGCAGGUUGCUGGCAACAACGUCAGGGAGAAUGGGGCCAAGUCCCAGCCUGACCCCUUUUGUGAGACUGACAGCGAUGAGGAGAUCUUGGAGCAGAUCCUGGAGCUGCCCCUCCAGCAGUUCUGCAGCAAGAAGCUCUUUAGCAUCCCUGAAGAGGAGGAAGAGGAGGACGAGGACCAGGAGGAGCAUGAAGAGAAGCCAGGGGCAGGCUGUUCUUCCCAAGACCCUGGCCCACCUGAACCUGCAUUGCUGGUGCUGGGCUGUGACAGGGGUCAUACCCAAGGGCCUGGCCUGUGUCCCCUGUCUCCUGAGCCCUCCAGGGCCAGGGACCACCUGGAAGAUCUAUCUGGACUAGUUGGUGGAAGCUGCCGGAGGAGAGGAGGUGGCUCCCCUGAGAAGCCCCUAAACCGCCGGCGACCUCCAGAUCCCCGGGAACACUGCAGCCGGCUUCUCAGCAAUGGUGGGCCCCAGGCCUCUGCACGUCCAGGCCUCCCACGGGACAGGGCUGGCCUCCCUGUGAUUGAGGGCACCAAGGGUGGACUAGAGGCUUGUGGGAGAGGGCGAUCAGGCCCUCCCCGGAGGUGCCUCCGUGGCCGGGCCCCAGAAUCUGGACUGGCCAGCUGCCUCUCCCCGAAGUGCUUGGAAAUCAGCAUCGAAUAUGACUCUGAGGACGAACAGGAAGCAGGCAGCGGGGGCAUCAGCAUCACCAGCUCCUGUUACCCUGCAGAUGGGGAGGCCUGGGGCACAGCACCUAUAGCAAGGCCCAGAGGGCCUCUGAAGAUCAAUUCAGGUCCCAGUCCCUACCCACGCCUCCCAGCCUGGGAGAAAGGGGAGCCAGAGAGGAGAGGGCGCGGUGCGACUGGCAGAGCCAAGGAGCCACCCUCCCGGACAACAGAGGUUGGUGAGGCCAGAGGGCAGGAUUGCUCUGGGCGGAGGGGACCCCAGAAGAGAGGGGCCCGGGUGCCCAGGCCAGGUGCCACUGAGCUGGCUCCACCAAGGAGCCCCCCAGAAGCACUGGUUCACCAGGACCUACCCAUCAGGCUCUUUGUGGCUCUGUUUGACUAUGACCCCGUGUCAAUGUCGCCCAACCCGGAUGCUGGAGAAGAGGAGCUCCCUUUCCGGGAGGGCCAGAUCCUGAAGGUGUUUGGGGAGAAGGAUGCUGAUGGCUUUUACCAGGGUGAAUGUGGGGGCCGGACGGGCUAUAUCCCCUGCAACAUGGUGGCUGAGGUGGCUGUGGACAGUCCUGUGGGGAGACAGCAGCUACUCCAGCGGGGCUAUUUAUCUCCAGAUGUUGUCCUUGAGGGCUCAGGAAAUGGUCCCUUUGUGUACUCUACGGCCCGCACAGCUGGGCCUCCCCCCAAGCCACGCCGCUCCAAGAAAGCGGAGGCAGAAGGCCCUGUCCAGCCCUGUCCAGGGCCCCCCAAGCUGAUUCCCUCUGCUGACCUGAAAUCUCCCCGCCCUAUGGUGGCUGCAUUUGACUAUGACCCCCGGGAGAACUCCCCCAACAUGGACGUGGAGGCAGAGCUGUCCUUCAGGGCUGGGGAUGUCAUUACCGUGUUUGGGAACAUGGACGAUGAUGGCUUCUACUACGGUGAACUGAACGGACAAAGGGGCCUAGUUCCAUCCAAUUUCCUGGAGGGACCUGGGCCUGAAGCAGGCAGUCCAUACAGGGAGCCUGGGAUUCCCCAAGCGGAGAGUCAGGACUGGGUCAGCAUGACACGAGGGCCUCCAGUGCCCCCAGGCUGGCAUCGUGCCCCCAGCCCUGGAAGCCCCUCCAGGACUGAACUGGGGGAGCCACAGGGCACAAUUGAGAAGGUACGGGGUCUCCUCUCCAGAGGGAAGCAGCUCCUCAGGAAACUGGGCUCUGGGAAGAAGGAGUGAAGCUGUGGCCCAUCCUGCAGGCAGAAGUGGACCCCAGACAUUCCCAGGAACCUGUCCUGGCUGGCAGGGAGGCCCCAGCACUCCCGUUUUCUGAGUGAACACUGGAUGGGAAUCAGAGAGACUUGGCAAAGGUGGGAGCUAGAGGGGUCCUUACGGAGGAAUCCUCCAGACGGGCCCCUUCCUCUCCAGGAGGGUAAACUGAGGCCAACAGUGGCCGAUGUCACUGAGCACCCAGGCAGACCAGGACUGGACCCCGGACUGUUGACGCCCGUCCGCCCACCUAGUCCAAUCCUAGUUCCCCACCGCACUACGCUGAUUUCUUCUUUGGCCCUCCCUACUCCCAGGAUGGGACUCGGGUCCUCCUGACCACGUCUUCCCUCUCCUGAAGGAAAGUCAGCCCUGGUGUCUCCCCAGUCGGGCGGGCGGAGCCGUGUAUAUAUGUACAUACUCAGUGCCUCAGUCCAGCUCCUCCAUCUCGCUUCCACUGCACAGGCCCGGGAAGGAGAAAGGCCAUGCCAAAGCGGGCCUGACCCCGCCCCACAGUGCUCCACCCCUCCCUGCCCAGGCCUCCUGGUCCCUGUGUCACCCCACCCCUGAAAACCUCGGGGACCAGAGGGCAGAAAGCAGGAGUUGGGUUUGCCUUAUUUUGCUCAUUGGAUUCAACUUCUCUUUUGCGUUUUCUUCUGGCCCCUGUCGGAGUCCAGGGGCUGAGGGAAGGACAGAUUUAUGCAGCUAUUUUCAUACAUUCCCUGUUGAGAGUGGUCGGGGUCCUCCCUUUAGCCUAACCAUCCCAUCCCUCACCCUCUGGCUGGGUGAGUCUCUGCAUGUUUCCUUCACUGUGGUGGGAGAUUGUUUGACUGAACCCCUACGCCCACCUUGGUCUCCAGGGGUGUGGAUGGUGGGGGAUUUGUUUAAAAAGACAUUUUAUUAUAAUAAAGUCUAU